AUGGUUCGCCCUGUGCUGGCCAAGGUCGUCCAGAGCAAGGAGGAGGACAACUACAGGCGGCGCUACGAGGUCGCCGUCAAGCGGACCUUUAAGGGUGGGUCCGAGGCGCGGCUGCUCAUCAAGGAGGCCGGCAUCGUGGCAGCCUACGUGGAGAGCCUCUGCGGCGUGACCCUGGACGAGGGCGAGACGUAUCUGCUCAUGGGCCGCGUGUACGACGGCCAGCCGACGGUGACGCUGUGCGACUUCCCGACCGUCUGGCGCAAGGUGACGGUGCGCCAGCGCAAGGGGCUGCGCCAGCAGUACGCAGCCAGUUGCAGCUGUAAGCCCCGCGACUGCCCCUGGUGGGGCGGCUCGCACCGCGUCGAGAACUGCCUGAUCGGGCACUCGGUGUGCACGACGCACCACCAGCAGCAGCGCUGCAACUGGCUGCGCGGCCGCGUACUCGACGACUGCCUGCGCCGCGCCGGUGUCGCCAACGUGGAGGGCGAGCACUCGUGGUGGCUGAUGCGGCCGCCCGCCAAGAAGGACGGCAAGCACGACAAGGAGCAGCAGCGCGGCGGCGGCCUCGAGCUCGCCGAGGAGCGGAACAAGGCCCACAAGCACCACCACAAGCACCACCAUCCCCACCAGGAUGCGACCUCCACGGCGGCGGCCGCGUUGGAGGACGACGAGCCAUAG